UGCAACAGUUUACACAACAACAACAAAAAUGGCGCUAAUCUUUCAGUUUCGAAUUUAUAUUUAGUUUUUGAGUGUUCUUUAGUACUUUAAUAUCACCUCAUCGAUGUAAAAACUGGUGUCGAUUAUGUGCACGCUAACAGAGGAUGUAGUUUUGUCCCGAUCGCGCGCUACGUCGCUGAGCAAAGUGAAGAAAUUAAAUUGUUGGGGAAGCAGUAUUUCAGAUGUUUCUAUAUUGAGAAGGAUGCCCAAUGUUGAAGUUAUAACAUUAAGUGUAAAUGAAAUUGACAGCCUAAAAGACUUUGCACAUUGUACAAAAUUAAAAGAGCUUUAUCUGCGUAGAAAUAGUAUUGCAGAUUUAGAUGAAAUACAUUUCCUAAAGGACCUGCCAUGUUUAAAAGUUUUGUGGUUGUCGGAUAAUCCGUGUUCUGAUGUUCAAGAUUACAGAUCAGUAGUUCUAAGGAACUUGCCAAACAUAGAAAGACUCGAUAAUGUUGACGUCUGUCUAAAUGAAAUCAGUGAAGUAAUUACUGAAAAUAUCCCGGACGUCGCUUCUUGCAAUAGAGAAGACGAUUGUGAAGUUGAUGAUUUAGCUAAAAGUGGAACGUCUGAAAUGCAGAAUGAAGAAUCGUCCGCGCAGGAACUACUUGACCAAACCAACAUGUUGUGUACACAGGGUGGACCACAACCCACUGAAGGCGUACUGAUCUCGACCGAAGAACGCCCCAUGUCUUGUGGUGAAACAGGGUUAAAUACGAGUCCAAAAAACUCAAAUCUAUUAUCAGCGGUCUUACUGCUGUUGAACGACAUGAGUGAGGAGGAAUUAAAGGUAGUUCAGAAAGAAGUUCAUCAAAAACUUGAUACAAUGCACGAAAGAGGCGGGAGCCUCGAACUCAUUGAAGUGUUCUCAACAUGAUUUUUUUAAUACGGCAUGGAGUGUUUUACCUGAUGGGGAAGAAGAAAGAAAACAAGUGCAAGCAAACAGUCGCGUGUUUUAUGCAGCCACCAUCGAGAUUCCUGGACGGAAUCGUAUAACGAAACAAGUAAUUCAGCCUUGCGCAUUUAUCGUAUCGUUGUUCAUAAAGCAGUGAACUCUGUGAGAACUGGUCGAUACCCGUGCCAGUCCAUUUCUAUCGUUUUCCUUUCACGGUUGACGAUCUCGCCUACAAAAACAAUACGUUUCGAACGACCUUGCAUGGCAAAGAAUUAAAAAACAAUUUCCUUAUUGCAGGUUUCUUCAUAGUUCUUCUAGACGUUAAUAUCCCCACUACAGCGUUUUCCUCAUUUCGGUUUCCGCUUUUGGUCUCCAUUUUUGCCAUUCGAUUUCCGCCAUCAAGAGACUGGCUGAAUAAUUACCCCAAAUCGUCAAUUAGAAUUAAACCUAUAAUUAGAUAACACGAGGCAAAGAGCCAGUGUAAUGGUGUUUGUGAAUGUGUACACGUCAGUAACAGCGUUCGACUUGUAUAGGACGAAUACUUGUUUAUUUUAAGAAACAAACAGUUUUAUGUAUAGGCUGUCCUCGAUCGCGAUGGCAAUAGUGAGCUUUUAAAGGUAAUGUUACACGAAACAAUUUUUAACAUCAACUCGCAACGCAACAAUGUUUUGAAUAUGACGCAUCGAAUAUGAUAUAUAUGAGCUUUAGUUUGUAACACAGAAAUUGUUUUGGAAACAAAUUGAGAGUUUAUGAACUGUUUUUAUUUCACACAACGUGUUGUUUAGAUUUUUGCUUAUCGUUGCGUUGCGAGUUGAUGUUGAACGUUGUUUUGUGUAACAUUAUCUUAAAGAAGCAAAAAAGCUUUCGUGAA